AUGGCACGAGAACGAAAGCAAAAUUCAACUUUCAAUGAAAUCGAUAAAUUACUUGCCGAUGAAGAAUUUUGUCGAGCAGUAGAAGCAUUGAAUGACGAUGCAGACAUUACUGUUCACUCAUCAACACAGACGACACCGGAUCCUUUAAAUACUGCUUUUAUUGAGGAGACCAACCUCAAUGAACAUCAACAAAGUAAUUUAUCUCAACAACAAAGUAGUUUAUCUCAACAACACAGUAAUUUAUCCGAACAACAAAGUAGUUUAUCUGAACAACAAAAGAGUUUACCUCAACAACAAAGCCAAACUAUAAAUGAUGCAUCAGCCAUCCUUCGUGAGUUGGCAGAGAUAACGACUGAAUAUGAAUAUGAACGGAUCGAUCAACCUUUACCAACAACAACAGCAGCAGGAAACUUGGUCGAAAUAGUUGAUCUAUCACCAUCAACAUCUCGUACGAUCGAUCUACGUACACCGACACCAACAACAAUCGAUCUUUCUACACCUGCACCAAUUACGAUCGAUUUAGAUUCACCUCAAAUACCAUCCAAUACUAACACUACGGACUCACCCACUUCAUUUAAGUCCAAAAUAAUACUUUCUAAACGGAUUACUCAAAAACAAUAUGAAACUCUAUGUAUUAAUUCAAAUGAAGUUGAAUUAGUCCAUUUAUAUUAUUUACCCAAAGCUCAUAAACCUGGUACUCCUCUUCGUCCAAUAAUUUCUGGUCUUAAACAUCCUACAAUUAAAAUAUCAAAAUUUCUCGAUGAAUUACUUCGACCUUUAUUUGAUAAAAUGGCUUUAAAGUCAACUGUAACUUCUGGUUUCGAACUAGUGAAACAGUUACAAGAAUGGUCGAAAGAUAAUAUGCGUCAAGAAACUUUAUUAUGUACAAUUGAUGUAGCAGACCUUUAUACAAUGGUACCACAAACUGAAGGAGUACUUUCAUUAAAGAAAAUGUUAGACCAUUUAAAAUUAAAACAAGUUGGUGGUCUUAAAAUUGAAACAAUAAUUAGAUUAAGUCGAUUUGUUAUGCAAAAUAGCUAUUUUUCUUAUGAAGGUCAAUAUUAUCAUCAAAUCCGAGGAGGAGCAAUGGGUUCUCCUCUUACACUAACUGUUGCUAAUUGUUAUAUGUUCUUUUAUGAACAACAAAUUAUAAAACAAAUAAAUAAUAGUGGCGGAUUAUAUUUCCGAUAUAUUGAUGAUAUAUUUCUUGCAAUUAAUUGGCCUGCUCGACAUUUAUUUAAACAAAUCGAUAGAUGGAAUCAUUUUGAUAAAAAUAUUAAAUUAUCAGAAAAUAUUGGUUCGACCGCUGAUUUUCUAGAUCUACAUAUAGAAAAUCAAGAUGGUAAAUUAUUUACUACAGUAUUUCAGAAACCAUCUUAUGAGCCAUAUUAUUUACCAUUUAAUAGUGUUCAUCCAAUACAUAUGAAAAAGAAUAUUAUUUUUACAAUGCUACUUCGUGCUUUCAGAUAUUGCUCAACUUUUCAAGAAUAUUUAAAUGAGCGAGAAAAGCUACGAAUGGCAUUAUUAUUAAAUAGGUAUCCGAAUAAAUUUAUUGAAAAACAAUUUGAAAAUGUUCUCUUAAAAUGUAAUAUUAAUCAGUCAUUAAAUGUUAAUAAUUAUGACUUAAUUCGUCAAAAAAUUAUAGAUUCUCCUAUAAAAGAAAAAAUUCCAGUAGAUUAUGGUAAGGUAAUGUUUGUUCAUUUUACUUAUUGUUUAAGUAUGAAGACAUUUCCAAAGAAGUUCCAUGCCCUUUGGAGUAAAUAUUUUGGUGAAUCUCCAAUUAAUGAAGUCUUACCUAUUCUUAGUACACGCAACGUUAAAAAUUUACAAAGGCAAUUAACUUGUACAAGAUAA